AUGAGACGUGCUGAUAUUCGUGCAUUACUUAUUUAUGAUUAUUCAAUUUCUAAUAUUGGAAACUCUUUUAAUGAACGUCUUCAUUUAUAUUGUCCACAAGCAUUUCAAACAAUUAUUCAUGAAGAAAAUAGUUCAUUAAAUGAAUCUGUUAAUGAAUUAGCUCAACAAAUUAAUAUAGAAAAACGAAAGUUUAUGUCAUGA